AUGAGUUCUAAUCAACAUCUGCCUAUGUCCAAUCACAAUCACGAGGCCUCAGAUUCGCAGGAUGUUAUCGAAAUGAAGGAUCAAAGAAACGAAUCGCAUUAUCUUCCUAAAACAGACCGCGAUCAAGAAUCCUCAUAUACUUUCCAUACGAUCGAAAUGGAGGACCAAAGAAUCGAAUUGCAUGACUCUUCCAAGACAAAUCAUGAUCAAGAAACUUCAUAUGCUUUCCAUACAAUCGAUAUGGAAGACGAAGAAAAAAGACCAUAUCCCGUUCGAAUGGAUUCGCUACAAUCAGCUCAUUCUACGAAAUCCGGGCAUUCCAAUACUGGGAGAAGUCAUUCAACAAUCAGACCAUUCGACACACAGGAAGAGGACUUGGUGGGAGAUUCGGAACCAAGUCACCAUCACCAACAUCAUGAUGGUAUUUUCUGGCGCUCACCAAUUUUGAUGGGUGGGAAUUUAUUUAUUGGAAUCAUCGCUAGUAUUGCUCAUCAUGUAUUUUAUAGUCGCAUGGUAGGAAAACAAGUUGGAGAUGAUUUUUCUCAACAGUGGACUUUGAGAUAUGGAACAACCUUUGCUUUUGUUUCACAAGUAUGUCUCGUCAGCUCAGUUGGAUUUGCUUAUACACAAUGGCUUUGGAAAUCUUUGUACCAUAAGGAUACUAAAGUUUCCGUUAACUGUCUCGAUGCUGCUUUCGUUGCCGAUACAUCUGUUUUAUCAAUUUUGAAUACAGAAAUGCUUUGGAAGCUUAAGCUGGGAUCUUUAAUUGCGAUAGCUGCAUGGUGUCUACCCAUUGGCUCUCUGCUUACUCCCGGUACACUCUACGUUGUACCCAGCACCAAAUCCAUUCAUACAUACGCCAAUGUCUCUUCCCUCGAUAUGUAUGGUCAUGAUCAACCUGCAAGAUUUACAUACUCAGCGCCUGUAAAUGUUACAGAUGGUGUACAAAAUGAACUAUUUCUUGGCCCACGAACGAUCAUUACACGUUUGUCAACGGCCACUGCAACGCAAGGAGAAAUUCUUCCAAUAAAUGCACCCUUCUCGAAUGCAACAUAUGAUGUACAGUUUUACGGACCUAUUGUCAAAUGUAACGAGGCUGAUUCAACUACUGCUACGAUCAUACAAAAUCUUCGAGAUGAAUCUAUCGCCAACAUCACCGGAUCGGUUACAGAAGUAUCAAAUUAUUACUACGCUUUUGUUCCUAACCUGGGAAAUUAUGACAAUAGCUCAUUGCCCAACCACGGCGUUACAGUAAUCCCUCAAGCCCGACUUCAACAACCUCAGAAUGCUUCAAAUCAACUCUGGAUGGGCUAUUCAAGAUACACUCGAUCAAAAUCCUUUCAAACAGAAAAUCACUACACAAUUUGUACGCUCUACAACGCAUCAUACGAUAUCAACAUUAAUUUCGAAGAAGGAAUCCAAACCGUCACAUCCAAAUCCCUCUCCGUCCUUAAUCCAGUUCCUUAUCCCGAUAUGAACACUCCCCUCUCCAACUCCCUCAUGGUUCAACAUGCAUACUCAGCUUACAUGUGGUCAAUUGCAGAUCUGAUGGUUGGCACAAUGGGUAUUUUCCAAGCUGAACCUUCAGCUCCCGGUCUUCCAUCUACGUAUUUCUCGGAAAUCACAACGCAGAUCGCUCAUACAUCCUUGCUUGGUAGCUCAGAUUUGGAUGCGUUUUUUGAAAGAAAGAGUAAUGACCCUUUGAGAAACAAUAACACGGCGGUUAGUGAUCAGAGGGCGCAGGAUAUUAGUUUAGCGGGAAAUGCGACUCUAGAAGAGUUGGUGGAGGAAUUAGCCUGGAAUGUUACGUGUGGAUUUUUGAAUAGCAAUUUAUUGUCCCCUUCCGUGAAUACUUCAGUCCUCUCCACAAUGUCCAUAAACAUAUACGCCUACCAUUCCUCAACUCUUCUCCUCUCCUACGGAAUAGCAAUAUUCGUAGCACUUAUCGCGAAUUCUCUGGGCGCAUACGCGUAUCAUAUUAACGGACGUUCGCAUAAUAAAAGUUUCUCGGCCAUCCUGGCAGCAACGAGGGAUAGCGAGUUUGGAAGACUAUUACCAGGGGGAGUGAGAGGGAAGAUUCCAUUGCCGGAAUGGGUGUUGGAGACACAGUUAAGAUUUGUGGAUGUGGACGGCGGUGGAGUUGAUGAGUGUGGGAUGGGUGGGAAGAAGGGAGGAGGGAGGAGAGUUUAG